CUUUCAGUCAUGUGGAAUAUGGUACAAACCGACCAUGACGAUCUCGAGAAAGCCGAGGCAAUGAACUCGAUGGCAGGACUCAAGUACACCAUUGAUCAUACUUGGGAUGGACUUCCACUUGCACAUGAGCCUAUCAAAAUUGACUUGAAGUGGCACUUUGAGCGACUCGUCGGGCGCCCACAUAAGCGAGUUGUCAAGAUUUCAUUCGACGCACCAUUCUUCGACGAUCCAGAACCACUCGAUCCACCAGGAAUAACACCACAGCUUUGGGAUUUCGAAGUUAUUGAAUUCUUCUUCGCAAAUGAUCGUGGACAGUAUCUAGAAGUUGAGAUUGGUCCACAUGGACAUUGGCUCUGCCUUCUUUUUGACGGAGUUCGUCAUACUAUCAACAACGGCGAAGAACUCGAACUCGAAGUACGCAACAAAUGGGUUGGAAAUCGUUGGGUAGGAGAAGUCGAGAUUCCUCUUGCAUACUUCCCAUCCAAAGUUACAAAAUUUAACGCUUAUCACAUCCAUGGAAUGGAUUCGGAACGCGUUUACGCCGCAUUGAGCCCUGUGACCGAUGGAACUUAUUCGGAACCAGACUUCCACCGCCUGGAAUUCUUCCAAAAAAUCAACAUGCGCCGAGUGAUUCCAGAAGGUUAUGGAGAUCGUCCUUUCGCUGAUUUCAAGUACGGAGAUCUUUGGGCUGGGCACUAUUGACACUGGCUUUAAAUUUAGAAAUUUCCAAUAUAUCAGUGAGAUUUGUUUUCUUUCCGGUUUUGAGCUGUUCAACCAAUUCCAUUUUGGCUUUUAUGUGUCAAUUGUCAUCCGACAACAAAAAUUAUAACUUUUUGAAAAUUUUUAUUCACCUUCUAUUAGAAACCGGGUUUAUUGUUCUUCUCAAAAUUGCUUACAAAUUUUCUUGUUUUCCUUCCUAUUUCAUUUGAGAAUUUCGCUAUGCCCCAUUAGGUUGUGUUGUUCUUCCGAUUGCCCAUUUUCAAAUUCUUUCACUCCUCAUUUUUUGUGUUUUAAAUGUUUAAACUAUUUAUUUUCAGUAUUCUCUUGUUUUAUAUUUCUGACUCAUAAACUUUUCCUUUCG